CGGCGGAAGGAGGAGCCGCCUCAGCCGCAGUUGGCCAACGGGGCCCUCAAAGUCUCUGUCUGGAGCAAGGUGCUGCGGAGCGACGCUUCCUGGGAGGACAAGGAUGAAUUUUUAGAUGUGAUCUACUGGUUCCGACAGAUCAUCGCUGUGGUCUUGGGUGUCAUUUGGGGAGUUUUACCAUUGCGAGGUUUCUUGGGAAUAGCAGGGUUCUGUCUGAUCAAUGCAGGAGUUUUGUACCUCUACUUCAGCAACUAUCUACAGAUCGAUGAGGAGGAAUAUGGUGGCACAUGGGAGCUCACGAAAGAAGGGUUUAUGACAUCCUUUGCCUUGUUCAUGGUCAUCUGGAUCAUCUUCUACACUGCCAUCCACUAUGACUGAUGCUGUACUGCUCCCACCUGCUCCCUACCUAGUCCAAAGGAUCCUCUUAAUUACAGCAAAGAAGUAUGAUUAUUGGGGCGCCCCAGACACAUGGAGCCUGGAAGACCCGUGUUUCCUGGACUGAGAAUCAGUGUGUUGGGCGUCUGUGUUUUCUGCAAGGGUUGUGACCUGAAACUUUUUAAAGAACCAGCCACCUUUGGGGGAAGCAUUUCUGAGUCUGUCACCAUUUCUUCUCGGACACCAUCACGUAACAGCUGUCUGCCAAGUGGAGCUGUCGUUUAAUUUGAUGCACCUCUGGAUCCGGAUGAAACAUUAAAAUGUCUUCCUCGGUUCUCCA